AGCUCCUCCUGUCUGGGAAACUAAGUGAAUAUGGUGUGAUUGUGCCCUUCAGUGCAGAUUACCAGGGACGGUUCCUCUCGCAUGUGGUGUCUGGCUCAGUGGCAGCAAGAAGGGGGGAAACUCUUCAUCCUUCUGCUCCUCCACCUCGCUCAGAUCGGCGCAGGGUGGUCCGCAGCACCCCUAUGAACCAAGGCAUGCCGGGGAAUCACUUGCACUACUUCAAUGUUACUGUUUUUGGCAAAGAACUGCAUCUUCGUCUGAAGCCCAACAGGCGACUGGUGUCUCCUGGUGCUUUUUCUGAGUGGCAAGAGGACUUCCAAAAGAUCUUACAGGAACCCCUGCAGCGGGAGUGCGUUUUCACAGGAGGAGUCUCGGGUAUGCCAGGUGCCAAGGUGGCCAUCAGCAAUUGUGAUGGGUUG